CUUGUUUUACCUACAUUGAUAGGACAGAAUUCCGCGUCCUUGUAUUACUGGUCUUCUAAAUCACUACAGAUGGACCGUUGGAGUGGAAGAGUUGCUCUUGUUACGGGAGCGAGCAGUGGUAUUGGAGCUGCUGUCUCUGAAGAUCUCGUCAAAGCUGGGGUGAAUGUCAUUGGGUGUGCAAGACGUGUCGACAAAAUACAGGCAUUAGCUGACAAACUAAAAGGUGAAAAGGGGAGCUUGACUGCUAUGAAAUGUGACCUUAAUAACGAAGAUGAGAUCAAAGCCAUGUUUGAGGUUAUCAACAAGGACCACGGAGGUGCAGAUAUCUGCAUAAAUAACGCUGGUAUUGGCAACUAUGCUCCCUUAUUGGAAAGCGAGACCAACAGAUGGAAGCAGAUGCUCGAUUUGAAUAUUCUUGCACUGUGCAUCUGUACCCGCGAAGCUGUAAAAGGAAUGAGAGCACGGGGGGUGGAUGACGGACACGUUAUACAUGUAGCCAGUAUGGAUGCACAUCGCAUGUAUUCCGACCCCGCCGAGCACUUCUAUGCAGCUACCAAACAAAUGGUGAAAGCCCUACUGGAAGGACAUAGGAACGAACUGAGGACAUUGAAGUCUCAUAUUAGAGUUUCGGAGGUAUGUCCUGCAAUGACUGAAACAGAAUUCGUUCUACAGGGAGGGCCAGAAGGAAUGUUUGAUGACCAGUACUCAAAAUACAAGGUUCUGGAAGCCAGAGAUAUAUCAGCUGCAAUCCUUUACAUGUUGUCUCAACCAGCACAUGUCCAGGUUCAUGAUGUCCUUGUGAGACCUACAGAACAGGUGCUCUAGAUACGCUAGGUGACGCAUGUUAAGCACAUUGCAUAGUCAACAAAUUAAGAUGGGACUCUAAAAUAAAGAAUUAUAGGCAUUUGGAUAUAUUCAUGCAUUCUUCUUAGGCCCAGCCUUUUCAAUAAUAAAGAAAACAUUGAUAGUAAGAGGCUCUGGGACAUUUUUUGACACAGUCAUCUUCUACUUCUAGGUAGUCUAAAGAAGUGUCGAUGAAAUCUCAACUAAUUUGAGUCCUUCACAAGUGUACGUAAAUAAAACAUCAUAAGUAAAUAUUUUAAAAAACAAAUUUAUUAACAAAUAAAAGUAACAAUUUUCAUAAGAUUUACGCUAUGUACAUGUGUGAUAUGUGUUGUACAACAGACAUAAUAACAA